GCUAAGACCAAUGACGCCCGGCUCGAUCGUAUUUUGGACGAAAGUACCCUCCCCGUGCAGUAUUUCCUUGGUUGCUUAAAUGCCAUCGCAGCCGAACCGUCGCCUGCAUGCAUGCAAAUACUCACGCGUAGCUUCUUCCUUGCUGCAUGCAGACCGUCGCCGCGUGCAGUCCCAUUCAAAUACUCCGCGCAAAUACUCCGUGCCCAGCUCCAUGCAAAUACUCCGCGCCAUACAAAUACUCCGCGCCCAGCUCCGCGCCAUGCAAAUUCUCUACGCCCAGCUCCGCGCCCAGCGGCAUGAAAAUUUAGGCCGUAGCCAUGGCGCCCAGGAAAGUUUUUUGAUUUCUUCCAUGGCGCCGCAAAAGUGCAGUAUAAAGAGAAGACAUUUAGUUGGGCAAUUUGAUCCAUAGAACCACUCGCUCCUCCUUUCUGUCUUCCAAUGGCGAAUUUUGAUCUAAACAAUCCGAUAAACUUUGAGGAGAUCGACCAGCCUACUCAUCCAGUCAUCGACUUAAACGUUGAUCUGAUGUGCGAUGAUGCUAGUGUUGAAGGUGUGUUUGUAUCCAUACAGCUGCUUACUUUCAAGUUCAUUGCUUUAAUUUGAUCGAUGGUUCUCUCUUCUCCUCCUUCUUUGCACGAACAGAUGGACAAGCCCAAAGUGCUGUCGCCGGCGAGGUUCACGGCGUCCAUGCACAUAGAGAAGAGGCCGGUGCUGGUUUUGUCGCAAGGCGCGGGCAAGUCGGUGCUGGUGUUCACGCGGGCCAAGUGCGCGCUCGGCUCGGACUCGCCGGACGCGGUCGUGGCGCUGGUUUUGACGCAUGCAACGGGCACCCCGGUGAUGGUGUCCUCGCCGGUCUCGGAGUCGCCAGGAGCAGCGCCCACGGGCAAGACGUUGCUGGUGUUCACGCCGCACCGGUGCGCGCAAGGCUCGGACUCGCCGGACGCGGCCGCGGAGCAGGUUUUGACGCAGGCAGCGGGCACGCCCGUGUUGGUGUUCACGCCGGACGCGUGCGGGCCAGGCUCAGACUCACCAGGCGAGGACGUGGCGACUGCGGAGUCACCAGUAGCAGUGGUCAUUUGAACGAGGAACCCACAAACGACAAACACACAAACGAAGCCGAGUUGAACCAUGACGCCGAGGAACACACAAACGGGCAUGAAAUGAGUACUUUGGGCGAAGAUCAAGAAGAAGAUCAUGCUCAAAUAGACGAGGUCAAUGUUGAACAUGGUGAAGCCGGGCAUGAAA